AUGGAUUACGACAGACCCGAAAUCAGUAAGAGCGCUAUCAAGGAGGCGGAGCUCGAGAUGGAGCGUCUCGACAUCGAGUCGGGACAGGUGGAGAUCCAUGCGGACAAGUAUAGCACCGUGAAGAGAGGGUUGAAGUCCAGACACAUUCAGUUCAUUGCAAUUGGUUUCGCCGUCUUCUUUGGUGAGUUUAAUGGAGCUAACUUCGUUGCUGCGUACAUCGGGUUGUUGAUCUACUUCGUUUCCAUGGCUAGAUGGUGGGUGUGGAAGAGGUCAGGACUUGUGCCGUAUGCUGAGAUGGACUUCGUCACUGGGAAGGCGGAGAUUGAUGCGGAGGAGUUGGAUUACCGCUGA